AUGGCUGAAAAGGACGAGGCUCCUUUAUUGGUGAAAUAUGAACUCGAAGAAGUAUCGCUGUCAGCACUACUCUGUAUUCUGAAACAAUCGUAUGUGGACACCCGUUCGGUGAUUCGAAGGGAACCUCAUGUGGCUUUGCUGAUACAGAUUCUUAACGACACGGCGGUCUACAGAGCGAUCUGUACUGUGCUCCUAGAAGAUGUAAAUGUCCAAGAGCUUGUAUCACCAUCUUCUCGCAGAACGUCAGCACCCGCUCUGCCAGCCAUCCAGCUGAUUUCAAUUGCUGCAUCGCGCUAUGCAGUGCUUCGAGCGUCGAUUCGAGGUACUGAUUCGGAUAUUAUGCUGGCCCCAUUGCAAACACUGCUACUGACACCACUUCAACCAUCUGGUGUUAACAUACUGGACAUUGUGUUGCUAUACAUUGAGCAGGCAGAUGAGCUGCCAUGUCACGCUCUCUACGCUGGACGAAUUCUCCGUGAAAUAUGUGCCAUUCGACCGUCACUUCAGUCUCAAAUGGUUGAGCUACUGAGAGCGCGGAAAUCAGUAGCACGUUAUGCUCGUGCGAUACGUAGUGUUCUGAAUCCGGGCACUAUCCGGUACAGAAUUUCGGAUAUGGUGGCUCCAGAUUCUGUGGAGACUGAUCCAGCCGGAAAUAAUCUCUGCUUCUUGCUGUUUGGCUUCAAGCCAUUCGCCGAUAGUACCGGCCCAUUAUAUGAGAUUGAAUCGCAACCCACCGGAUUUCAUCAAGUGCUGUCCGUCCUGGAGCAGUUUAUUGGUGCUAAGAGAUCCUUUCCAACUUCAGUUCUCAUCGCUCAUUGA